CAUCAUUCGUCUGUCUCCUGGGGUUUACAGACAGCCGGUGUACGUACCUAAAACCAAGAACUUCAUUACUUUUGCUGGGUUAUCUCCUGAAGAAACUGUUCUUACCUGGAACAAUACUGCCACUAAAAUUGACCAUCACCAGGCAUCGAGGUUGAUCGGAACAGGAACAUUUGGCUGUGGGACUGUGAUUGUGGAAGGGGAGGAUUUUAUAGCAGAGAAUGUUACAUUUGAGAAUUCUGCACCUCAGGUUCUCCCUGUUUUUCUCUUUCGCGUGCUUCAUUUGUCUUUCAAACUCCAGAAAAAACAGUACUAAAACAUUGGAUAGAGAAAUUCUCGGUUUUGACGAGAAUUGGCGACCUGUGUGCACGCAGCCUCCGCCGCCUAAGGGAAAGUACGACACCAUAUCAACGUAUUCGACCCGAGCUUCAUCUCGUCGCUCUACUGCCACUGUUGCAAAGAAUCGUGUGAGUGCUGCCUGCAAAUCCAAAUCCUCCUCUGUCGUUGUUUCUCAAGCUCCGCCUUCAUCCACAAUGCAAUCCAAUCCAACAGGCCGAGGUGGAACCCGCCGAAAAAGGUCGUCUCUUAAUUCCAAUCGGUCUAAUCCGACUAAGAGGGCAAGGGCCACUGGUGAGGAUGAUGCUUACGCCGAUCACGAGGCAAAUGAGCCGGUCUUGGAGUCUGCCGCCAAGAAAACUACUGAUACCGCCCUUCAGGCGCAGCCGUCUCCACCAGCUUCUAUUGAGAUUUUGGACGAGGGUAUUGUCGGCGGUUUUAUUGAGGACUUCCACCGGCAAGCUACUUCUGCUGCUGUUACCGGUGGUAACUCUAGUAUGCCUCCCGUCAGUCGCAGCGAGAACAAGUCUGGUGAUUCUCGACUGAAUUAUCAUCUGCCGCUUCGUACCGGCGGUUGGAUUGAGGAUACCCCCUUUAAGAUCCCGGAAGCAAUGAAAUCAUGGUUCGGGUCUUUUGGCGGCGAACCCACCGAUCAGUUCUACCCAAACAUUGAUCUGCUGUGUGGGGAGUCGGUGGCGACGGAUUCUGCUAAGGACGGUGGGGAUUUGGGCUAUCGUGCUUUUCGGGAUCUGAUUACUCCUGCUGACAGGCCACAGGGUCAGAUUGACGCCCCUGCUGCUCAGCAUUUCAACGAUUUGUACAAGGCUGUUCAAUCCAGCAUGGAUUUGUACUAUGUCUAUCGUUGGAACCAGAUGCAGCUGACGCAGAAUAACAUUGAUAUUGCCGAGCUGAAGAAGCGGGCUGAGGCGGCUGAAUCUGCUUUGAAGAUUAACGAGAAGAAGUUGGAGAGUGCUUCUUCGAAUUUGGAGGCGGCGAACCGAAGGCUGGAAGAGGUUGAGCCGAAGCUGAAGGCUGAAACUGAGAGGGCAGACGGUCUGACUGAGGAGCUGACUGAUCUUAACCAGAGUUUGCCUGUGGUGAAGAAGACUGCCGCCAAGAGGGCUGUUGAUAAGCUUCUCCAGUCUGACUGGUUUAAUGAUAUUAUUACUCUGCGCCAUAACGGUGGUUGGUGCGCUGCUCAUCGGGUCGUUUGCCAUGUGAAGAAGCUGGAUGAGGAUGGGUGGCAAGAAUUUGAGGCUGGGUAUGAGGAGAAGGAGCUGUACAAGGUUGCUACCGGCUUUGAGCCUCAGGAGCUACCCGAGGCUGUGAUUUGCAAUGCCAAUCAAAAAACCUUGCCCCCCUUGCAAGUUCCAGAAGAUGCCUACUGGUCUGGUGAUGAGCAUGUCGUUUGACGGUCUUGGCAGUCAUCACCCUCCUCUUCUUGCGGAUCCUCUACUUUUCCCAGCCGGCCUCGUACAUGUUAGGGUUUUUUAGCUUAGGCGGUUGGCUUUUGACUUUUUGCCAGAUGCUGUUAGGGCACUUAUUGUUGAUGUAACAUAUCUUAGAACAUCGUUUUAUUGUAGGGGUGUCGGUUUUAAUCGACAUCUUUUGUGCCUUGUGAUCAGCUAAUCACUUCGCAAGAUUUUUUGGUGAUGGCUGUCGGUUUUUAGUGUUUUUUCUGCUGUAACCAUGCAUUUAUAACAAGUAGUUUUUUGAUUGUAUGUUUACUUCGUUUUGUGUAUGAUACUUCCAUUUUAUUAGCAUGAACUCUUAUUUGUUGA